CCCUGCAGGUAAGCAAAAAUCUCUCGUCAUCUUCGUCAGUCCGCUCAUAUUUUGUCUGCCGUUGUUGAGUUCAAUUACAAUCAUUGUGAUAUUCGCCUAACGAUUUCCUACAAGCAAACAAGUGGACUGAUAAUCUUUCAUAGUAGGUUCUAAUCGAUUAGGAUGGCCGUCAAAGCGAUAAACGACGAAGGUCACUUCCAGGCGGAAUUGUCCGCGGCGGGAGGAAAAUUGGUCGUAGUGGAUUUCACUGCCACUUGGUGUGGACCUUGCCGAAACAUUGCUCCUCUGUUCGAUCAGCUUCCGGCGAAGUAUCCAAAGGCUGUCUUCCUGAAGGUAGACGUUGACAAAUGCGCCGAAACGGCAUCCUCUCAGGGUGUGUCGGCGAUGCCGACGUUCAUCUUUUACCGGGCGAGGACAAAGGUUGACCGCAUGCAGGGAGCCGAUAUCAAUGGGUUGGAAGCUAAAAUCCAAAAGCACUACGUUUCUAGUGCUGAUGAGUCGGGCGAAGAUUACGGUCAUGGGUUGUUGGAUCUAGCCACUUUCAUCCAGAAAAAUCAAUGCGAGUGUCUGAACGAAUCGGAUGAUCAUCCGCUGGCGAAUGCGCUUAGUUCGAACACUGGUCAUCUGGCUUCGGAUUGCGACGAGCAGUUGAUUAUUUCGAUAACCUUCAAUCAGGUGGUAAAGAUUCAUUCGAUAAAACUAAAGGCGCCGCCAUCGCACGGACCGAAAAAUGUAAAACUGUUCAUCAACCAACCGCGAACCAUCGAUUUCGACAUGGCCGAAUCGUACGUUUCGGUGCAGGAUUUGGUGGUGGAUCAGAAGGAUCUAGAAUCGGGAGCCCCGAUUCAGCUGCGAUUCGUGAAGUUCCAGAACGUGCAGAACAUUCAGCUGUUUGUGAAGGACAAUCAGUCGGGCGAUGAGACCACAAUCAUUGACCAUUUAGCCUUCAUCGGGUCGCCGAUUGCGACAACGAAAAUGGAUGAUUUCCAGCGAAUAGCCGGCAAAAAGGGCGAGAGUCACUAGUCGACCAGAGGAAGAAGGAUGACAGGAAGUGAGGACGAAACCCUGCACUACUUUGGAUGGCGUUGUUAUCAUUUCACAACGCAGGGAAUGCAAGAUCAUCUGAAAUGGAAAAGUUUUCGUUUUUUAAAAUUAUAAUACAUUAUAGUAAACGAA